CCCUCGCUCGCGCACCUCGCUCAGCUUCCUCUGCACCCAUGUCUGACAAACCCCGUAUGGCUGAGAUUGAGAGAUCCGGUAAAUUGAAAUUGAAGAAGACAGAAACGCAAGAGAAAAAUCCACUGCCUUCAAAAGAAACGACUGAACAGGAGCAGCAAGCAGGCGAAUCGUAAUGAGGCACGCGCCGCCAAUAUGCACUGUACAUUCCACAAGCAUUGCCUUCUUAU